AAUCAGGAAACUCAGCGUUGCUAUUUAUACGACGGAGCAAAGGGCUGCUGGUGCGGUGACACGUAGAGGAGCUCUGAGGAACCAGGAGGAACUGCUGGCUGGAACCUGCUGGGAUGAGCGCGCAGCAUGGAGGGAACCGUGUCGUCAGCCUCUGAGUCCGUCUCAGCCCCCGAGCUGCUGAUUCUGCACACGGACGAAGCGCAGGAAUGGGCCUCCUAUCUGCAGCAGAUCCUGCACUCGUCCCAGAUGUUCCCCCGAGGUUCGGUCCUGCUGUACGCCGUGAGCGCCGCCGAUCGGCUCCACGGCUACAACUUCGAGGGUUUCCAGAGCUGCCGCUGCGUCGUGCUGAUCCUCACGGCGGCGUUCCUCGACGUCCUCUGCGACCACGAGCUGCACGGAGCGCUCCAGAGACUCCUCAGUCCUCCACACAAGGUGGUGGCGCUGCUGUGCGGAGUGUCCGAGGAGGAAGUGUCCACCGAGACGUUCGUGGACUGGCCGAAGUGGAGGAAACUCCAGCCAGAAGACGAGCCGACGGUUUACAUCUCAACCAUUUUGGCUUCCAUCGCUGACAGUGAAGGAGCCGAGGUGGAGCAUGAAGCCGACGAGGUGGAGCUGCUCGUGACGGAGAACCUCCCGUCAGGUCCGAGGGAGGAAGACGAGACCAAAGAGCAAAAAGCAACAGAGCCAAAGGACGAAGAGUCUGUGAGCGCCGAGGAUCCAACGAGCAGAACACGUAGUUCACCUGCAGACCUCACCUGUCUCACCGUCCAGCCUGCCAGAGUCCUCUGUGGGGAGCACGAGACACUUUACAUCAUUUUAACGUCCAGAGUAGAUUCUGGGUCAGAACCAGAGGUGGAGUUUUCAUCUGAGACCGGCCGUCUGAAGCGGGUCCGAGCCGCGGUCCUGAACGAGUACACGCUCAGUGUUUCUGCGCCCGACAUGCCGGCUGGAGACACGACGCUCACGUUGUGCACGGACCAAUCACGCGUCGGCCUGAAGACGGUCACGUAUCACACCAGCAUGGCAGAAGUCAGCCGACAUCUUGAAAAAUCUGCCGACCCGCUGAAGUUUAUCUGCCAGGCCUUCGACUUCACCUCCGACUCGACCGAAUCCCUGGACGUGAUGCUAACGGACUCGUUAAAGUCCAGGAUGCCUGCGGACGGCCUCCGGAUGUUCGGCGUCACACAAAUCGAAGAACGCAACAUGUCCACAUACCAGCGCAACGAGGAACUUCCCACCUUGCUCCACUUCGCUGCGAAGUUCGGCCUGAAGAAGCUGACCGCGGCGCUCCUCCAGUGUCCCGGAGCUCUGCAGGCCUACAGCGUGAUGAACAAGAACGGAGACUAUCCAAACACGCUGGCAGAGAAGAGCGGCUUCACCGAGCUCAGACGCUUCAUGGACCAGUUUGUUGAGACCGAAGACAAGCACACGUCUGAGGCUGAGGACACGGAGAACCUGCAGAACGAGGCGGAGGUCUACGAGCCCAUGUCUUCUCAGGACAUGAAGGAGACUGAACAGAAGCUCGCGUCUCGGUUCGAGGACACCAUGAACCUGCAGAACAAGGCGGAGGUCUACGAGUCCAUGUCGACCACUUUGAAAGACAUCAUGGAGUUCUCAGGUUGCUCUGAGGACAUUUAUGAAUCGAUGGUUGGCAUUGACCCAGACUGUGCAGAGGACCUCUAUGAAAUGAUGACGGCAGCAGACGAGAAUCCUGAGGAAGCCUUGCUCAGAAAGUUUUUCCAAGUGAGGCCGCACCCAACUGAAGUCAACUCCGUUCAGCGUACAAGAGAGGAAAAUGAAAAACACCAACAUUUUGAUGAAAUAGAAGAAGAGGAGGAUCCUUACAACCUGUACCAGGAGGACAUCUACGACACCGUGGACACAAACACCGCGUACAACCCGGCAGUCCUCAACCGUCCACCAGCACCAAUCCCCAGGUCCGAGUCCGAGUCUGAGCCUGAAAAACCCACCGCCUACAUUUCUCGAGUAUUUUCAGAUAAAAGUUCAUCCCAGAGUAAAACAACGGAGUCCGGAUACUUUACAGUCCGACCUGUGGGGGAGGCCUCCACAUCCGCCCACGACCCGUACGCCGGGAUGAAAACCCCGGGGCAGCGGCAGCUCGUCUCCCUGCAGGAGAGGGUCAAAGUGGGCGACAUCUCCGUGGACGAGGCCGUCCAGGAGUUCAAAGCCUGGCAGGUCGACCACGAGCGGAGAGCGAGCUCCGUCCGCUUCCAGCAGGAUAAUCUGGAGAAAUUACGGAAAAGCAUCACCAGGCGUCACAAAGAGCGGGAAAAGGCUGGAAAAGAAACUGAGUAUGAAAUCAGCGCCCCGCUGCAGAGGAACCUGUUCUGGGGCUCCGGCGGGAUGGUGGAGUGCGACGUGUACGACUCGGCGCCCAGGAUGAUCGGAACACCAGGUCCAGGAGCUCCGCCCAUCCUGAGGGGGGGCUGGAAGACCAGCAGCACCUCCAGCACCUCCAGCACUGAAAGCAACAGGCUGAGCACUCACAGCACCUACAGCUGCAGCAGCGGCACAGAGCCCGAGUUCGAGGACGCAGCGGAGACCCUCCCUCCUCCCCCACGACCCCCUCGGCCGUCCGACGCCGCUCCUCUGAUUCCUCCUCCCAGGAUUCCUCCUCGGAUCCCUGAAAGGGUGCCAGAGACGGUGCACGAGCGCUACAUAUCCUGCCCGAUGCGAGCACUUCCUCAGAUACCCUUCCACAGACAAACAGACUCCGCCCCUCCAGUACCGCGCCGACUGCUGUGACGACCACCUGGUUCUUUUACCUGUGAACAAAUGUUUCUCUGCAGUUGGAAGAAAUUCUGGUUUAAUUUUUUUUGUUUUUC